GGUGCAACACUGGGCAUGUGUGUGAAGCCGUAGUCCAGCCCCGCAAACCCGCCCACCACCCUCCCUCUUCCCUUCGGUGCGUCUCGGUCCGCCCGCAGCAGUCUCCUUCCCGGCGAGGUUUCACUACAGAGAUGGCUGCGAAAGUGUGCAGAUCAGUACUCCUGUUGUCCCGGAGCAGCGGAGCGGUGGCCGGCAGCCUCCCCGCACUUGUUGUCUCUUCACAGCGACAUCAUCAGCACAUAAGACCGGAGGUACUGUCUGCUCCUUUCACCCGUCAGACUGUCAGGAGAGCACAUGGCCUACGGUCAGCAGCCCACUCCACACUCUUCACCCAGCCUCCCAGUGCCCUGUCUCCACAGGUUUGGAGGGGCGCCCCCUCAUGGCAUGGCCAGAGACUGUUGUGUUCCUCCGCUGCACCAGAGGAGGUGACGGUGGUGUAUCAGAAUGGACUGCCGGUGAUCUCAGUCAGUUUGCCAUCCAGGCGAGAGCGCUGUCAGUUCACCCUCAAGCCUCUCAGUGACUGUGUGGGAGUUUUCCUGCAACAGCUCCAGGCAGAGGACAGAGGCAUUGACCGGGUAGCCAUCUACUCCACGGAUGGAGCGAGGGUCGCCUCCUCCACAGGCAUAGACAUCCUGCUGCUGGAUGAUUUCAAGCUCGUAAUUAACGACACCACACACCUCGUGCGGCCACCAAGGAGAGAGCUGCUGCCACAUGAGGAGGCAGAGAGGCUGAAUGACGUCAAGUUUCUGGUGCAGCAGCUGUACACCACCCUGCGCAUCGAGGAGCACCAACUAGGCAAAGAACGCGAGCUGAUUGGACGACUCGAGGACCUCAACUCUCAACUCCGCCCCAUGGAGAAGGUGAAGGAGGAGUUGAGUAAGAAGGCGGAGCGGCGUACCACCUGGGUGCUGUGGGGCGGCAUGGCGUACAUGGCCACCCAGUUUGGCAUCCUGGCCAGGCUCACCUGGUGGGAGUACUCCUGGGAUAUCAUGGAGCCUGUCACCUACUUUAUCACUUAUGGCACAGCCAUGGCCAUGUAUGCUUAUUUUGUGCUGACACGCCAGGAGUACGUUUACCCCGACGCUAGAGACAGACAGUAUCUGCUGUUCUUCCACAAGGGGGUGAAAAGGACACGCUUCGACAUUGAGAAGUACAACAAGCUGAAGGAUGAUAUUGCUGAGGUGGAGUUGGAUCUGAAGCGUCUUCGGGACCCGCUCCAGCUCCAGCUCCCAGUCCAGCAGCUCACCGCCAGUAAAAAUUGAUGGGAAGAGUAACUCCCUCCUCUCUCAGCUCCUACAACCCAUCUCCCCUCUUCCCUCCUGCUGUCCAACACCUUUCUCCCUCCCUUUUUACCCCCAACUAUUUCCUCAGACUCCUCCUUCCCCCAUCCCUCCCACACCUAAUAAUCCCAUCCCUUUCUUGGCUGUGGGAGUUAGUUUUUUCUCUUUUUUUUGUUUUUCUUUUUUUGUUUUUUUUUUCUUUUUCUUUUUACUUUCCUGACUGAAAACUCCAGUCGGAAUUGUAAGUGAAAACCAAUAAAAAGACAAAGAAGGAUGGUGAAAAUACCGGGAACUGAAAAACUCUCACAGCCGAUGGAUGGUGAGGAUGAUAAAAAGGACAAUGACAAUGAUGAUGAUGAUGAUGAUGGGAUGAAACUGGGCACUAUGGAUAUGCCUCAUGUCUCCGGAGGGACAGCCUGCAGGGAACUCCGGGGGGGGGACUUGUAGACACUCCAGUACAAAGGACAUGCAGAGGGGCAGUCAUUCUUCAGUCUGUGUGUGUGUGUGUGUGUCUGUGUGUGUGUGGGGGACUACCAGGGUGCACUGCGACACCGACCCUGGCCACUCUGUGCUGUAUGACACAGCAGUAUAGUCCUGCUUCCUAAAGCAGUCAAACUGUCAACACACACACCCACUCUUGGUUGGGGCAGGCUCCAGGGAGAGUCUUUAUCCCACACGUUAAAGUUUACAAGGAAGUCUUGACUGCAGUCGCACCAUCAGGGGGGACAUUUGUCUUCCUGUGGCUGAACUCUGCUGCCUCCCCCCUCCCUGGGCCACGCCUUCUCCAGGUGACGGACAGCUGUCCCUCCCAGUGUGACCUUUGUCAGGAGCCUGUCUCGACUAACAGGAUAUAGGCAUGACGACGCCUCUGUUUCCUCUUCCUGUUGAUGUCCUGUAGCGGCCCGGUCUGUCAGCGCAAAUAUGAGAGUACUACCGACAACAACAUCACUGUGUGUUCUUUUAUUCCAAAAAAAAUAUUUUGGCACUUUUUAUUUUGAAAGCCAUAGUAUAUUUGUUAUGAAAAGAAUAUAAAUAUAUAUAUGUAUACAAUCAAAUAAACAGAUGACCAGAGGCUAGUUUUUUUCAGUGGGGGGAGGAACUCUCUUACAAACAUCAUUUCACCAGAAACUCAUUUACAUCCUCUGAAGAUCUCCUGAAUGACGGACCCCCCCGCUAUCAGUCCAUUGCACACUAUGUCACAUGCGCACACACAAAGAGCAUUAUAUUAUAUGCAUUUACUACCUUGGAUGUAAGGCUCCUGUGCAUGGCCACCAAAGGGGGGGAGGGAGUGGGCUGAACAAUGUUAAAGCCGAAUCAGGGUGAAAAUGGCUUCGAAUGGGAUUGAUUGUUUUUGACCAAUGCAGAAUAUCAAUGUGGUUAAUGCCAUGCUUGACCUCUAUAAUCUUGUCAAUGAAUACAGAGAUUGCUGCGGCAUUGCUUAGUAUAAUGAAGGGGUUCAAAUGUUUAGUGAUCAUUGCCUCAGACAAGGCAUGCAACAUUUUUCUGAUGAAUCUGAAAAUUAUAGAAGCCCUGAGAGUGAAGUGAGGAAAAAGAAUUCUUGUGAUCCAUUUCAAAAGUCUGAUCGUCUGUGCUCCUGUGUAUGGCAGAAAUGGAAUACAACAUGCAUAACUCCUGUUUUUGUUACCUCAGUAUAAGGCCUUCAAAUCCACAGAGUCCGCUGUGUUUCUACAGUAGCCCAGACUAGACAAACCAAACACUGGCUCUAGAUAGGGCCUUUCACUUUUUUUUUUUGAUUGCAAAAAGAGGAUCAUUUUCAGAAUAAUUUCUGUGGUUGAUGUAAUAUUAAUUUCGACCACGAGAGGCCGAAGUGCAUGGAGAAAUUAAAACUCACCUAGAGGACAACGUGAAUGCUUUUAGUCCUAUUUUAAAACAUGGGGUUGUAAUGGUGUGAAAUCUAUUUUGGUUUUUACCCAAAAACUCUUUUCCCCACCAGUUUCACAGAUAGAAAAAAAAAUCACUGCAUGAUUUCACACAUUUUUUUGACCUGUAUUCAACAUAAACACAGGAGAGGAGACAAAUUCGAUCAGACUUGUAAAAUGGAUCACCAGAAGGGGUUUUCCCCCCCACUUGCCUCCUUGGGGGCUUCUGUAAAGGUAUUGUUCUCAGAGGUGUAAAAUGACCAUUUCCAGAUUUUCAAUGACCUGGCCUUAGCAGCAUGUGAGGUACAUUUUAACAUCUGGCUAUAUUUCUCCUUCAUGAAGCUUUCAGAGAAAAUAACAAAAGUCUACAUCAAUUUGCAAGAGGCUUUUUUCAUCCUGAAAUAAAACCAGAGUUUUCUCCUCCCACUGUUGCUGUAAUGCCCCCCUGCUCCCGCGAUGGCAAGGCAGGGUAGACUGCAUGCUGUGGUAUGCCCUCAGUAGAAAUUUGUGAAUGUGUAGGAGCAUUAUUGCAAUUUUGUACUUAAUUGGAUACUUUUCUUUGCCACAUCUAGCUGAAGUCUCCCCCCCUCCAAAGGUUAUAGAAGCCAUAUGUUUAUUUUGUGCAUUUUUUUUUUUUUUUUUUUUUUGGGAUGGUCGCUGAAUAAACCUUUGUCAGCUUCACUUAGUUUUGUGUUCAGGGUGAGGAUUGGUGGCCCACUCUCCGGUCCCAUUUAUGUCUUCAACAAAAGAAAAAGAAAAAAAACUCUCAGAGCCAGUUAUUUCCACUCUGAGCUGCUGUAGAUCACCUCUGCAGAGGGGAAGCACAAUGACCUAACGUCCCUGCACAUAGACUCGAGUUCAAGAUCAUCUCCUGCUUGUGUGUGUCGUGUGCACAGUUGGCCGAAUCCUACUGAAGAGAUCCUUGUGUUUGACUGCAGAUUUUCUAUUAAAAUGCAUGAUUCUAGGUCAAAUCAAAAGUUAGCCAUGCAGAUCUCAAGGCAGGAUUUGGUCUAAUCUGUUACUGUGUGUGUGUGCGUUUUUAUCUCCAAGGGAAAUGGUGCCUUUUGGAUGAUUGAUGAUGUUAACGGUAUAGACAAUGUAGCAACAACAAUGAUAAGAUCGCUGCAUAUGGGACGCCACUGUCAUAUAAAAGAGGGUUCAGUUUGAAUGUUUGGAAGUGGAAAUCAAUCUUGCUGUGUGUCUGUGAGCACUUGUUUGUUGAAUCCACAUGCUGACGAGUACGAUUGUGCUGGGGGCAAAGUUCAGAUCACCAUAUUCAUUAAUCUUUAGCCCUUAAUCACCGUUUUGUCAAUAGUGGUAAAAAAGAAAUUGAUUUCCGCCUACAUCCCCACUUCAUAGCAGUCAUUAGCUUUAAACCCUUUUUUCCUGAAAAUGCCAAUUUACACACAUCAUGACACACACAAAGCGACGGAGGUGUUUCCUUGGAGAUGAAGGAGAUGUGGGAGGUGAGAGAGUUGAGGCCUCUGUCUGCAGUCCAGUCCUCCCCUCUGCUGUUUCUACACUUCUCUCCAUCAUCAGCUCCUCCUCCUUUUUGUCAUGCCAUCCACCGUUUAUUGCCUUUGUUCCGUUUUUCUCGUUUUAUUUUUUAAAAACAAAAUAUAUCAAAUAUAGGGAAACUUUAUUAUAAAGAGGGUGUUGCAUGAAUGUAUGUUUACAUGAGAAAUUAUGUGAAAAUAAAAAAGACGAUUUAUCAACAAAAAAAAAAAAAAAGCAAAGAUAAUUUAAGAACGUUGUUUGUAGAGAUUCCUAGUUAUAAAGGGGCAGUGGACAGGGCUGCAUCUUUUAAACCCGCCCUGCCAAAUCUGACUUAAAUCCCAGCCAACCAACUGCUCAAACCCCAUCAAACCCCACUCACAUCUUCACCUUGUUUACUCCCCUGCGUGCAUCUAUACUCCCCAACAAAUGGAAAAACACCCUCCAUUCUCUGUGCACCUAUAAAGGAGGAGACCUCUUGACCUCACUUUCUAUUGUCCUGGAUUUGA